CGCGCCUCCACCGCCGCGGCCCCGCCGCUGCAUGAAGCGUGCUCGGCUCUGCUCGCCUGCGCCUGUGCGCAAACAGCUCCGACUGAGGAGCCGCCGCGAGAGCGAGCGCUGUCGCCGGGCUGCAGCGGACAGCCACGGAGAGUGAUGGCUUCUUCUGUAUUGUUUGACUGUGGCACAAGCUGCAGUGCCUAGUAUGUGCUCACAGAAAAAAAAAAGGAAAAUACAAAACACCCACCAUGUAUAGUGUGGAGGAUCUGCUGAUUUCUCAUGGAUACAAAGUGCCCAGAACUGCUGCUUCAUCAAACGAGAGCCGAUAUGCUGAUUACCACCAUGAAAUCAAAGAGAACAGGACCAGUCAUGGAACAGCAAAUGGGUAUGAAACAGACACAGGGGUCUACGGCUGCAGCAGACAAGUACCAGCAAAAGGAUAUUUCAGUGACAAUGAAAGCAAAGAAAUCAGCCAAAGGAGAAAAGCUGGCAGCGGUAACCAAGGUGACGCGCGGCCGGCGGGCGAUUUUCACACCACACGUACAAGAGUCUUUGAUGAACCGGCUAGAGUUUAUUCCUCCCAGACGAAAACUGAGAGGGAUGUGGCUUACUGGAGAAGACGGGGCCAGGAUUUCACGAUUUUAUUGGAUUACACAGACAGCAGGGAGCCAAAAACAAAUCAUUUUGCAGAAAGGACAAGUAAAGACCCCGGUCAACAUCCAAUGGAUGAAGAAAGGGAAAGGGAUUGGAGAGAAGAUGAUGGCUUUUUGAAGCAGAAUAAUAUAGUAGCAGAUCAGUGGAGAUUCACAAGCGAUAGAAAGUGGCAGAGCCUUGGAACUGACGAAUGGACCCCAGCUGUUGGUCUAGGGAGACCAUUUUUAGACAAUGAUGGGGACAAGUUAGCACAGGGCUUAUUUUACCAGAGAUGUUCCGAUGAUGCUGCUAAUGUAAAGAUAAAAGGGAAAUCCCAAUCACUUCCUAGAGUCUUAUCCCCCGAUAAUCUGCAGUACGUAGAGUUGUCCAAAGACGACGUCGAGCAGGUGUUAAAAGGAACGAGCAAUAAAUUUCCCGACGGGACCUCCAGUAAGGAGCAUUACACUGAAAACUGUAAGUCACUGAGUCACGCUGCACUUUUGCCAAAGCCACGAUUUGGCAGGCCACUCAAGCCUCCUUCAUAUGAGACACACCAGCAGCUAAGAAACAGUUCAGAAUUCAUUGCUGGAACUCAAGAUUCAAAGCCAAAAGGUACCACGGUAUCCAAUUUUGCAAAGAGCAGGGAAACAAAAAGUGACAUUUUUGCACAGGAUUCUGCGGGUUCAAAUUUGGAGCCUCCGGUUUAUGUACCUCCUCCAUCUUAUAAAAAACCUUUGCAACCAAAAGGUAACCAAAAGAACUUUAUUGAAGUGCCUAAUCCUAAAGAAAGGAUGGAGGUUCAAAAGGUCCAUGUAGGCAAGGACACUGGGAAGUGUCCAUCCUGGGCAGAAUAUCAGAAAGACACAGACAUCCCGAGCAGGAAACAGAUGUAUCCUUUUUAUAAAGAUGAACAUUUAGGAUGUGUACAAUAUAUUCCCUUUGAUGAUCCGCGUGUUAAACACUUGCCCCCUGGAUCAUGUGAAAAUUUGCUGAGUAACUCUACCAGUAAAGAAAAUCUUGCAGGUAAAAUAGUAGGACAAUCUACACAAGACAGUGCCUUUAUAAUCCAAGCGGAAUCACAAUAUAUCAUGCCCGGUGAACUACCUACGUCUAAGAAUGCUAAGGACAUUAAAUGGCAAAAUGCUAUUCAGAAAGGCAAUAAAGACUCUGCAAUGUCUGACCAAAGCUCUGUCUUUUAUCACAAAGACCCUUCAAGCUUUGGUCAUAGCAGCAGAUCAGCACAGCACAAUCAACAGCAAGACCACGAAUGUUCUGAUACCGUAACCCAACUCAAAAAGUUUGAAGUGGAAGGAAAGCCAGAGAAUAAAAAUCCAAGACGGAAAAAGAACGAAACGAUUUUCUGCCUGGUUUCCAUGCCAGUUCAUUCGCAGCCUGACAACGAGAGAACAGAUCAGAAUAACAACAAAAGUAACGCGGAGCAAAAUGCUGCAGGGAAACAUCUGAGAAACCUUCAGAGCCAGCAUCUGCUGAGCACCUCCUCGACAGAUUUAGAGUUACAAUCACUCACAGGGUCCAUGAUAAAUUACAGAGGCAUUAGGAAACCACAGUCGGGACCGCCGGAGGGUAAUUAUAAGGAGGUAGAUGAACUUAAGCCAUGCCAACCAAAUAAGCAUAAAGAACUCAGAUAUUCGGGAUCCUGGCCUGGAGAUCAGUAUAAGGACCAGCAAACUCAGACAAGCUUUACUGAACGGCCCAAAGGUGCCAUAAUGAGUCAAGCACAAAAUCCAAAUCAUUCCAUCGCUCAGACAAAAGAGGGAGAUUUCCCCAAUAAAAGUAAUCCGUUGAACCAUUAUGGGUAUCCCAUGAAAGGGCAAACGUUCUUGAGCCCCUCUAGCAACAGUGCGUUUUCGUGGACAACCAAUUUUUCUAAUCAGGUAAAUAAAAAUUCACAACAGAAAAGCCAAUCAAUGGAGAAUAACCUUAUAGACAGGAAACCUAUCAGGGGGAGCAAGCCGGAACCGAAAAGUCCAUCCAGUGAUGGAAAAGAGGCUUUCGGUCAGUUUUUGCUUAAACCAGUUAGCCGUCGUCCCUGGGAUGCAAUUGGGGAGUUGGAAAGCUUCAACAAAGAGCUUCAAGAUCAAAUUUGGACCCAGAUAGAAAGCAAUGAGUUACUUGAAAAUGUUGGUAUGGCUGAAGAUUUUACGGACUCUCGGACAGUUAUUAACUAUAAGCCCGCCGAUGUGCGGACAGAAAUUCCGAGUCAAAAACAAGAACGGUCGAAUGUUCUUAGAAACAGUGGAAAGAAAGGUGUCUCCGAAAAUGGGGACCCUAGUAGAAAUCCUCAGAAGAGACCCAAAUUUCCAAAUCUCGGCAGACCAAUUAAACAAGACACCCCCUUUCCAAGGGAACCCGAGUAUGUAGAUGUUGACUCUGUGUGCUGGACCUCCCUCGAGGCAGCCACCGUCAGACAGUUGCCCCAGGAGGUCUUAUCCAGUGCGACAAAUUACAACCAAACACAAAAGAAGCAGAUCAGUAAGUCCACAAAGGAGGAUGGAAACGGUUUAGAUGGUCAUUACAGCAAUGGAUUCAUGGCAACUGAAUGUGUUUACAGGCUACCGGCAAAAAUCAGUGUAAACGGCUUGUCGGUGCUCCGUGAAAAGCUAGGUGGUCCUAUUGGAGAUGACGAGGAAACUAGCCAGUGGAUCAAAAAUUUGACCCUAGAAGAUAAAUAUUUGGAAGAAUUGCAAUCAAGUCAUGCUUCAUUGAUCCACCCAAAGGCCCUAGCAGCUCAAAGUGAAAAUCUUAAUGAGUUAUUUGAAAUAAAAUGUGCAAAGGGUAUCCCAGAAAAUGAGACCCUAGAAGCAAGAGCUGCGAGAAUUCUUGGGAUUGAGGUAGCAGUUGAGAGUUUGGGUGUCGCAGACCAAGAAUAUAAAGAUACAGAGGCAGACAAACUGAUGGCAACUAGUGAAUCUGGUGGUGGAAAGACCACUGCCAGUGUGAAAGAUGGGCUGGAAUGUGACAAUUGGAGGUCAGGGUAUGUCAGUAGAGAGGCGGAGGAAUUGUGUUCAAAUGAAGAUGAGGAAGAUAAGGAAAAUAAAAGAACUGAGGGAAGAAAUGAAAGGGCAACCAGCAGUGAGACUGAAACGAGACGUACAACAGUAUCUUUGAAACAUCUGCCUGGUACAGGGGAACAAAAGGCGUGCACAACAUCUGUCUCUGAAAGGAAGAGUCGAGUCCCAUCAAGGAUGAUUGAAGCUCUUCAAGGAAAGCUGGCCACAUCACCAAGUCGAACUGUCAUGGAGCGCAUCGUGAGGAUGAAGGAGGUAGACUCUGUGUCUCGCAUGAGACGACUCAGCAUCAAGAGCUCCGACUCUGGCGAUGAAGGUGAAAAUGAGAAGCCAACUAAACAGCAGCAGGAUGUGGAGGAUGUGUUGUCCUUUUUAAAUAUACAGGAGACAUUGAAUAACGGCUCAAAAAGAGAUGGCACUGUAACCAGGAAGACUAUAACUCUUACCCAGGAUUUUUCAGUACUCACUAGGAGAAAGGUGCAGAGAGAUGAUGAAGAUGGGGUGUUUAUCUCAGAAUGGUAUGACCCCAGCCGAGUUGAGAGAGUCUGAACCAGACCAGACCAGACCAUGACUGAAAAGCUAGAAGUCCCACUACUGUUAAAGAUCAGCACUUCCUGCGACACUGUGAUUGGGCUUCCUUCACUAUUGCCUUCAUUCCAUCCUUACUAUCAGGAUUGCCUUUCUUCGACACGAGCAUUGUUUAUACUGUAUGCCCUAAAUAUGCUAUUUCACUGCCAUGAAGAAGUAAUUUCAGAAAGUUCCCCAAAGUUCCACGUGGUUGCUAUCUAUGAAGCCCUUUUUUAUUGGUCAAAUCUAAAAUAUAAAAAGGCCCCAGUUGUUUCUGCCAAGGUUUUAUCAAGGAAAUAACAUUGUUGGAUAUUUCUUUCUGUGAGCAUUUACAAAAAAUAUCAAUUAAAAUGGUGUUUUCCAGAGAUCACAGCAUUAAAACAAAGUUCACUUUUCUUCUGGCUUAUAAGUAAUCAUAAAGCUUGUGUAUGUUCUUCUCACUUUCAUUUUCAGUAUUGUAUGUUGUAAAUUCUGUACGGUGCCUAUUGCAGUAGCUGAACUGGGACAACGUACCUAUUCACUAACCACACCAACUGGACAGAAUGAGUGGUUUCUUCUAAUGUGCCACCCUUCUUCUGUUCUUAUUUUCUAUCCGUCCAUCCAUUGACUGAACCAGGCAGGCCCUGUAGCAGCAAAGAAUCCUUACUCGUCAAAUGUGUCUCAGAAUUACUCCUAGGAAUUGCACAAACGUUUGACUAGGAUAAGAACUUGUUCUACCUCAGAGUAGGACAUGAGAAGACGUUAUCCAUUCGCAGUGAGGAGUUAAGAGUUCACAUUCUAGAAUGAAUGACGUCUGAAUUUUACGGCACCAACAAAUCGCAAAAUGGCGCUCAUGAACGCACUUUGUAGUGUCCUUGGAAAUCAUGGUGACAUAUUAUUAUAAUAUUAAGACUGCACCACAAAUAUAAUAAUAAUAUUUAAAGGGAUGCAAUUAAGUUCAAAUAAAAGGUUAAUACUAUCUGAUGAAGAACUUGUGUGUUAAAUCAGGCCACUUCGCAACGACACCAAGAAUAAUAUCGUAACAUGCACCAAGAUGGAAAGACUGCGGCACACACCAAAUGUGAGUUAACCUCGAUUACAGGCAGGUUUAUUUAACAAUAAAUGAUCCACAUCCGUACUUCCGGAAGAAUCACCGUUCCGCUGUUAUGGCCACUGGAAACACCCUGAGGAAUAACGACUACUGAAACUAGCCAGUACUGUUUCUGAAGUCACGUUCACUCUUACAGUGUUCCUGAUUAUGUGACACUUUGAUCCCCCCUUAUACUCAGCUGGACUCUAUUUAUUUAAUGAAGCGCAUGGAUUCUUCGUGUAACUGGAGCUAUCAUGUGACAUCGAAGAUUUAGUCUUAUAUAUAAAUGUCUACGCAUGGAAGUGUGUGUGAGGCUACAGCAUGAAGCUCAAACAAAGCGACUCUGUCACCAA